CCACGCUACAUCGGUAGUGAAAAGGCUGGUGCUUGUCUGAAAGGAUUGCACGCCGUUUUCCAACGAUAACAUCGUCUUGGCGGUGUGCCACCAUAGAGCUCGCCAUGUCUCUCCCAGUGCGGCCUUCCUCUGCUUCUCAAGACUUUCCUCCAGAUCCUCAACAACCCACUUCGACUUUCGACUCGUUCGACAUCUCUCAGCUUCCAUCACAGCAAUCACAGCAAACCAACCAAGCACUUCCCACUACACCAAACAACAAUUCAGCAACCAUGUGUGGUCCUCUCAUCGACUCGUCUCCUCUCUCUUCGCCGGGCUCUCCGCUUCCCGCCGCGCCUGGUGCGUGGAACAGCGCCAAAGCCUCUCGCGAUCUCACCAAGACCGACUCAGUCAACACCAAGAACGCAGCCACCCCGCCUCCUGCUCCAGUGUCCCCUGGCUCGACCAAGUCGACCACUUCCAACAUGAGCAAGAAGCGUUCCCGCCGUGACAGUCACGACCCUUCCACUCCUGUCUCCAAGUCCAAGAAGCUCAACAAGGUGUCCAAGCCAUCCUCUCCGCGCACCAGCACUCGUCCCACGCGCAGCCGCAAGGCCCCAGAGCGCUUCACCGACAUGAAGGAGCCGCCCAAGAAGCCCGCUGCUCCCCGCAAGACCGCCAGCAAGGUCUUCGACCCAGUCUACAUCACCACCAACUCCACGUCGCGCCUUGGCAAGGCCGACAUCUACCACAUGCUGCUCGAAGAUGCUCCCUGGGUCUGCCUGACCCUCGCCCAGAAGCAGAUCCUCCUCGACAUGCUCCCCAAGAGCCAGGAGAAUGUCGUUCUCCUCAGCAAGAUCGUCUCGGGCGAGGCUGCUGCCGCUGAGCGGCCACGGGAGUUCAGCAGGAACUUCAACCUGUUCCGGACGGACGUCGCCAAGUUCGUCGAGGACCUGAAGAACGGCCACCUCGCCAAAGGGUGGCAGGCAGCUGCCCAGCAGGCAGUCGUCGAGCGGGCCGCAGGCCUGUACGACGAGUGGAAGGCGGAGGAGGCCGAGCUUUGGUGGGGGCAGAACUGAGUGGUCCGCGGUGGCCGGGACGGUGCUGGCAUCGUCCCGGCAGCGGCCACUCAUAUGUGCAUGUAUCUAGGCCUAUCCGGCAUUUGAUGAGAGUUGGGAUGACUGGGCUGGAUAGUGGUGGCUUUACUGGGUAGUUACUGCACCUCAAUGAACACCAGAUGUCCUCGUA